AGAAAGUUCAUUUCUUCCUAUUUUCAAAGAAAUAGACGUCGGAUUUAAAUGUACUUAGACCAUUAUACACUAAACUAGUCGCUGCAAAAUUGCUGCUGCACUCCAUGGAAGACGAGACAAGUGGCCUCUGGCUUUUUGGAUAUGGGAGUUUGAUAUGGAAGCCUCCACCUCAUUUCGAUAGGAGAGUACCCGGAUAUAUCAACCGCUAUGUUCGCAGAUUUUGGCAGGCAAGCGAAGAUCAUCGUGGGACGCCUCAGGCACCCGGUCGGGUUGUCACGCUCAUCGAUCAUGAUCACUGGAAAUCACUUUCCGACCCACACGCCAACGCCCCAGAGAGAGUAUGGGGCGCCGCCUACCACAUCCCCCCGGCUCGCACCCAAGAGGUAAAAGAAUACCUCGACAUCCGCGAAAUUAACGGCUACUCGAUCCAAUACACACCGUUCUACCCCGCCGAAUCCGUCCGACAAUCCGACGGUUCGCUCCCGGAGAAGUUCUCAUGCCUGGUCUACAUCGGACUCCCCGAGAAUCCGCAAUUCGUCGGCCCGCAGGAUCUCGAUGCGCUCGCGGCGCAUAUCUUGAAGAGCGUGGGUCCGAGUGGGGAGAAUAAAGAGUAUUUGUACAUGCUGGAGAUGGCGUUGGAGACGCUGAGUCCGGAGAGUGUGGAUGAGCAUGUGAGUGAUUUGGCGGGGAGGUGUAGGGAGUUGGAGCGGGCACGAGGACCUGAGGAGCGGGAUGAGGAGCGGAAACAUGUUGGAGAGGGGUUGACGAGGGUUAGGAGUACGGAGGAGCAGGAAGAGGUCGAAUAGUCAAGCAUUCGUAGGUGUAUAAACCGAAUUAGAUGCUUGCAAUUGUUGGCUUAGGUAGUACAAGAUCAGGUUGAAGACUGCUCACAAGGCUCCAGAAUCGCUGCUGCUUCCCGCUGGAUAUUUGCGUCCUAUUUCAAGCCGCUGGCUUGUAAAGGGCUUAGGUGUUGUUUCUCGAGGAACAAGUUACUCUCCCAUGGCCGUGGUAUUUUGUUCAUUAUAGGCAGUUUAGUGUGGCAAUUGGCACAUGUGAACUCUGAC